AUGUCCACCGAGCCCGCGUCGAAAGCGAUCGCGCUGCGGGGCUCCACCGACCACGUCGUCGAGUUCUUCGGGUACGCCGUGAACAGCGUGCUGUACCAACGCGGGGUGUAUCCGCCCGAGUCGUUCGAGCGUAAGAGCAAGUACGGGAUAGGGGUCAUGGUGACCUCGGAACCGAAGUUGAGGGAGUACUUAGUGAACGUCCUCGAGCGCGUCGAUCAGUGGUUGAUGGAGAGCGAUCUGAGGAAGCUGGUGCUGGUGCUCGCGGACGCGCGCACGGGGGCGACGGUGGAGCGUUGGGCGUUCGACGUGCAGACUGAUGGAAGCAAGACGAGACGGGACGGGGAGAACGCGGGAGACGCAAACGGAGAAGAAACGAUGAAGACGGAGAAGACGGAGAAGGAGAUCAUGCAGGAGAUUCAGGCGAUCAUCCGUCAGAUCACGGCGUCGGUGUCGUUUUUGCCUCUGCUCGACCGAGAGUGCGCGUUCGAGCUCCUGGCGUACACGGAUAAAGAGAGCGCGACGCCGGACGAGUGCGAGGAGAGCGAUCCGAAGUACGUUCGCGACGGGGUGGAGAUGCGUCUACGAUCGUUUAGCACGAAAAUUCACAAGAUCGAGGCGGGGGUGUCCUACAAGACGGAUGACGCGUAG